AUGGCGGCUCCACCAGCGACCCCACCGUCAGCCGAUGAAGAUGAUUUAGAUAUCAGCAUGGGGGCUGCCGGCGGGAUCGAGCUUGGUAACUUUGCCGCUGCCUACAUGGGGUCGGUCAGCGUCAAGCAUCCCGAGGGUAGCGACGUUUGCGCCGAUGCCAUUCUUCGCAUCAAAGUCAAGAAGCAAGUUGAUCGCAUCCCAGAAGCCCUCAAUGAAGCAUUUAUGCUUUACAGCAAACAGUUGGACAGCAAAAGACCGGGUCGAGCCGGCUCAAAGAAGAAAGCCCUGGCCAAAGCGGCGGCCAUCAAGCGCGAAGAGCGCAAAUCAAUGAAAGCCGUGGCUCUUGGUACCUACGAAGCUCGCUAUCUGGGCUCCGUUGCCGUCAACGAGCCCCGCGGCAACGAGGUUGCCCUCGACGCUUACCAGCGUAUCAAGAACGUGAUCAAGUCUAUACCCGUCAUGGAGAUUUCUUUCACCGCUGUUCACCCCAAAGACAGCAAAAUGAUGCUUGUGAUUACCAACGAUGCGCGUUUGGGCCUCAAGUAUUGCCAUGCUUUUCAAAGUCGUCGUUCCAAGGGUGCCGAGAUUCUUGAAAUGAUUGCGACUGCGUUCGCGGCUGCCCGGCAAGCCCUCGAAGAAUCCCAGGGCAACCAGGAUGUCAUGCAAGAGCUCGGGGUGGUCGUUGGCAUGGGCGCCCAAUCCAACGCUCUGCUCUCAUUUGCUCGUUUUCCGUCCAUGGCAUCAUCUGGCGGUCGGAUCGGGCGUCGCAUAGCUCUGGGUGUUUAUGAUGCCAAGUACAUCGGCAGCGUGCCUGUGCCCGAGCUCAAGGGCAAGCCAGUCGUUGAUCACGCGCUCCACGUGGCUCGCUCCAUGAACAAGUAUGCCGAAGGUGUCGUAUUGACCAUCUCAGAGGAAGGUGUUCGCACCAUCGAAGGUUUAACCGGCGAAGUCAUCACCUCCAUUCUAAUCAGCGAUAUUAGCUUUUGCACCACUGCGGGGUCCAAAAAGGAGGUCUUUGCCUUUAUCAACAAGGACACCCGCCUUAAGCGCAUCACAUGUCAUCUCUACGAGACGUUCAAUGCUCAUGACAUCACCGCCGUCAUUGGCCAAGCCUUCAAGGCAUGCCAAGCCCGCGCCGGCAAUCCGUUUGCACCCGUCAGCAACGAGCGUGAGACGGUGCGCGGUCCCCUCUUCGAGCACCAACUGCACCGCUCAGACCUCAUUGCUGGCAAGCCCAUUGGCGCUGGUCAAUUCGGUCAAGUCUACUUGGCCAAAUACAAGGGCAACCAGGUUGCCGUCAAAACAGUGCGCCAGGGAGCCUCAGCUGAAGACAUUGGUGCGUUCAGCAGAGGCACGGGUUUGCCGUUGAGCCAAUUGUUGAUGCGUAGGCCUCCGCUCACCCACGCCUCAUCCUUUUGCCGAUGUGUCAAUACAGCCGAGUUCACGGCGGAGAGCGAGGUUAUGCUUGCCCUGCGCCAUAAUUGCCUUGUGCAGCUUCUUGGUGUUAGCAUGCAACAGCGGCCAUGGCUUUGUGUCAUUGAGUUUAUGAAGUAUGGUGAUUUGCGCGAAGUCCUCAAAACUUGCAAGGAGAAGUCUCUCCGCCUGGCCUACCUCGAGCAGUUGGCCUUUGCCGUGCAAAUUUCCCGUGGCAUGGCAUUUAUCGCACAGCAGCGCUAUGUUCACAUGGAUUUGGCUGCCCGAAACGUGCUCAUCAGCGAGGGCAACCGCUGCAAAGUGGCUGAUUUCGGCCUCACUCGUCGUUAUGAUCCCGGAAAGGACACCUACACGCUUCGCAAAACGGCCAAAUUGCCCAUUCGAUGGAUGGCCAUUGAGGCCAUGAAGACCAAGGUUUUUUCGGAAAAGUCGGAUGUCUGGGCUUUUGGUGUGACGCUGCACGAGAUCGCCGCCUAUGGUGCACUGCCAUAUGCCGGCGUCAAGAAUCGUGAUGUCAGUAAGCACAUUCUGGACGGCAAUCGCCUUGCAAAGCCCGAAGACGGCAUGCAGGAUGACUUUUUUGCCCUCGCCGAAUCUUGUUGGCAAGACGACCCUGCGGUGCGGCCCACGUUUAAAGAGGCCACCAAAUCCCUGGAGGGAUUCGCUGUUAAAGCACGCGCCAACUCUCCCACCAUCCGUGAUAUCGGCGCCGUGCUGGCCAGCAUGUAA